AUGCAGUCCGCCGUGGACGCCGUCGCCGGCGUGGAGCAGGUGGUGCCCCAGCCGGCCGUGCGCAAGGGCCCCUGGACGGUGGAGGAGGACCACGUCCUCGUCAACUACAUAGCUGCCCACGGCGAGGGCGCCUGGAACAACCUCGCCCGCGCCGCCGGUCUAAACCGCACCGGGAAGAGCUGCCGGCUGCGGUGGCUCAACUACCUGCGCCCGGACGUGCGGCGCGGCAACAUGACGGCGGAGGAGCAGGAGCGCAUCGUCCAGCUGCAGGCCAGAUGGGGCAACAAGUGGUCUAGGAUCGCCAAGCACCUCCCCGGCCGGACGGACAACGAGGUCAAGAACUUCUGGAGAACCAAGAUACAGCAGAAGAAGCACAAGAACAAGGAGCACAGUGCCAUCGAAACCAUCAUCACCGUGGCCGGCGUAUGUAGUGGCAUGGCCUGCAAGGACACUCCGGCGAUCACGGAGGACCAAGGCAGCAGCAACUACUCCGGCCGGACAGGGGUCACGCAGGACUACGGCAUCGUGAGGCAGCAGCAGCCGAACAUAUCGAGCGCGGCGGACUACCUCUCGCUACGAUACGGCACUCGCAGCCACAUGGUUUCAGUACUGCACAACUGGCCGCGCAAAUAG